CCAUGGCCGAACGGCCGCGCCCGCGCCCUCUGCCGGCACCGCCGCAACGGCGCGGCCGGGGAGAGGGGAACGGGCAACGAGCCCCGUGCGCUCCCUCCGUGAGGGGAACCGACAACGGGCAACGAGCCCCGUGCGCUCCUUUCAUGAGGGGAACGGGCAACGAGCCCCGUGCGCUCCCUCCGUACGGGGAACGGGCCCCGUGCGCUCCCUCCGUGAGGGGAACGGGGAACGGGCCCCGUGCGUUCCCGCCGUACGGGGAACGGGCAACGAGUCCCGUGCGCUCCCGCCGUGAGGGGAACUGGGAAUAAGCCCAUUCUGCCCCUCCGCGAGGGGAACGGGGAACCAGCCCCGUACGCUCCCUCCGUGAAGGGAACCGACAAGGGGCAACGAGCCCCGUGCGCUCCCUCCGUGAGGGGAACGGGGAACGAGCCCCGUGCGCUCCCUCCGUGAAGGGAACCGACAACGGGCAACGAGCCCUGUGAGCUCCCUCCCUGAGGGGAACCGGGAAUAAGCCUCUUCUGCCCCUCCGUGAGGGGAACCGGGAACGGGGAACGAGCCCCGUGCGCUCCCUCCGUGAGGAGAACCGGGAACCAGCCCUGUCCGCCCUCUCAGUGAGGGAAACCGGGAUAGAAUGAGCCUCGUCCGACCCUCCGUGAGGGGAACCGGGGCGAGACUGUCGCAAUCUGUGGAAUAUGUCAAGAUUCUCUUAAAGUCAGGAUGUUUUUUGGUGUACGCUCUUUAUGUACUUUUAAGCCUGAUCAGCAAGGGAGGAGACCUAAUGAGUGCAACGGGCAGCAGGAGCAUCCACUAGUCAAGGACAUCUGGGAACUAACAAGAUUUAAGGAUGUAGUAAAUCAAGAUAGUGAUGUAUGUCUAUGAAUACAUGGCUAACUUGGCAAAAGACUUAAGCCUGUGGAAGUUGGUUACCUGAUCCUCUGCUGCACCUGAACCUCAUUGUUGCAGCUUUUAAUAACUGAAUAUCCAGACGACCUAUAAAGGUGCCUUUGAGGAAAGAAGGAUGGGAAAAAAGUCGACAUUCCCAGCUCGAAAUGGGCAAUAAGCAAACCAUUUUCACUCAAGAGCAACUGGAUGCAUAUCAGGACUGCACAUUUUUCACAAGGAAAGAAAUCCUGAGCUGUGACUGGGAUCCUUUCUCUAGCACAAGAAGGAAGCAAAGACACGCUGAAAAAGUGGUCAAUACAUUCCAGUCCUGAUGCACAUUUUCUGUCUCUUGAACCCGAGUUCUGUGGAAAAACAGGAAGAUUCUUGGGAUGGGCUGUUUUACAGGUACCGAGAUCUGGCCCCUCAGCUCGUUCCCCUCGACUACACAGACAAACCAGCUGUGACACUGCCCUACGAGCUCAUUGCCAGCAUGCCAGAGCUCAAGGACAACCCGUUCCGGCAGCGGAUUGCAGAGGUGUUCUCGGAGCACGGGGACGGCAACAUGACUUUGGAUAACUUUCUGGACAUGUUUUCAGUGCUAAGUGAAAUGGCUCCCAGAGACUUGAAAGCUUAUUAUGCUUUUAAAAUUUAUGAUUUUAACAACGAUGAUUACAUAUGCAAAUCAGACCUAGAGAAAACUGUUAACAAAUUAACCCGAAAUGAGCUGACCCCAGAAGAAGUCAGCCUGGUUUGUGAGAAGGUGAUUUACGAGGCUGAUGUGGACAAUGAUGGCAAACUGUCCUUGGAAGACUUUCAGCACAUGAUCAUACGAGCCCCAGAUUUCCUCAGCACAUUUCACAUUAGGAUCUGAAGCCAGUGAAACACAUGGAUGGAAGCACCUCUGGAACCUUAAAAAACUAUCACUUCACCCAAGAUUACCAACCAUAAGAGCACAAAAUGAGAGGGGCAAAGAGGACAACUUGUAACUGAACCAGUCAGAAAACUGUUCUUGUUCACCUCUCUUAAAGGAUCAUUUAAUUAAGCUCUGCAUCAAGAUUUCCCUGGAAUUUAACAAAAUGUCUAUUCCCCCCUCAGUUAGAGCAAACCUGGCCUGGACAGUGAGAUGGGAAGUGUUCUUUUGAAGUUCAGAUACCACCAGGUAGUAAAGGAGCUUGUAUAGCUUCGAAAAAUUCCCAAGAAAAUGCCUUAACCAGGAAAAAACCCACUUGAGAAUAGUUUCCAAAACACUGUGAUUAAUCAAAACUGUGUAAGCCACUCCUCUGAUCAUUUAGAGUCUUAAAAAAUGCUCCAAUGAAUCAAUUUGCAGAACUCUUCUCCAGAGUGCAGGAUUUACAGUGAGAAAGUCAGCAUACUUUGAGGACAAGAAACCCUUCCCCAAAUUCUGUCCCUCUUCUCUAAUUUCAGAAAUCCCCUGUUUUCCACACCAGACUCCAUAUGCACAAAUGACAAACAGAACUGACAAACUAAGUUUGUAAAAUUCUCUUUUCAUAAGAAGUUUAUUUAUGCAGUGCUCAGGGUCCUGUACAACAGAGUAAAAACAGACAUCCUGUAAUAAACAACAGUUUUAAUACAAACAUGAAAAUCAAUGAGAAGUGUUUAAGAAAGCAGUUGUAACGUGGGAAGGGUGGCAGCCAAAAGUGGUCACUCUAAAAACACAAUUUACAGUUCUUUUUACAGAUUUUGGGAUGCAUUAAGUUCCCUUCAGAACGAAGUCCUAAGCCCCAACUCACGCUCCAGGCAGAGCCCACGGUUCCUGCAGAAGGGCUGGAAAGCUGCUCCUUCCAGCUGCUAAAACUUUAUCAACCACAGAAACUCCAAGGAUCAGUGAGAGAUGGGCCAGGGAAUGAGGCAGCCUGGAACACUCAGACUGCAGCUCCCAUUCACAUUCCACUGAGCAGAUCCUUAGUUAAACUAGAGCUGAAGACACAAGUCAUCAUUCUUCCCUCAGCCCUGUAACUUGUAGAACAAAGGAGCCCAUCCUCACACAGUUUGUUCCUUCCCCCCCUGGCACAAACAAGUCCAAGAGAACACAAAAUCAGGGCAGUUUUGAGCCCAGAGACACCCCCACAACAACCCCUCAGCAACCAUCAGGGAGAUGAUCAGCAUCUCACAGGAAAGGAGAGACCAAAGAAUUUUCAGCAGCAGUAAAGAGACUUACAAUAAUCCAUAGGAUUUAUAAAUCUGAGGCUGGAAUUCUGAUGCUGGCAUAAGGCUCUGAUGUCAGGGAACAUGAGCUGUGCCCAUCAGCACAGGACACACACAACACAGGUGUUAAAUCAGUGUUAGAGCAGCAGUUCCACCAGUUAUUGACCCACUGACAGCUCUGCACCCAAAAGGGUGAGGACCAUCCCAAAUAUUGCAACCAGCCUCGAAAAUAAGGGCAACCACAGAAUUCCAUGAUACUCAUUAAAGUAAGGGAAUUUGAGAACGUGCUCAAAAAUGGGCUUGUUUCUCUACAAACCAAUUGUUAAUCCAUUACCUGACAUUUUAAUGGUAUUCAGACACUGAGAAUGUGUAGUGUGCACAGUUGGUUUUGCAGAUCCAACUAAAUUCCUCAGUUUUACAGAUUUUGUACCCAAUUUCAGAUUUUUUCCUCCUUAGAUAAAGAAAUCUGAGAUACAUUACUGUAUGUAUUUCCCCAGUACCUCUCUGAUAAUUGUGUUUUCCAUAACACUCAUACUUAAUAAACACAGUAACUGAAUGAUGUGAUGGAAACAUCAACUAGAUAUUGUACUUCUCCAAGAUCUGAUGCCUGUAUUUAGUGACACAGAGCCAAGCACAGGUGCAGUGCAGUGUCUUUAACCUUUUCCUCUCUUACAUUUGCAUUUUAGGUUUCAUAUUGCUCACACAGACUUAAUGC